AUGGAGCCGAGGGAUCUGGUUGGCUCAGCCCGACCCAAAGAGGCGGAGUUAGGAGGCGGAAGGGCUGAGCCUGAAGAGGAAGAACAGGAAAGAGCGGGGCUGGGGACAGUGUCGCGGAGUGAUGAGGUCAUUGGCGAUGUGAUGGGUGAGCGCUGGGGGUCCCAGGGGGAAGGGGAGGGGCUAGAGGAACAGGAGUUCUCCAUUAAAGAAGCCAGCUUCCAGGAGGGGAGUCUGAAGCUGAAGAUCCAGACCACCAAACGCAUCAAGAAGCCUCCCAAGAGUCUGGAGAACUACAUCUGUCCCCCGGAGAUCCGGAUGACCAUCAGACCCCCCUCAGGGGAGGGCCGAGGGGGCCGACUGGGGGGCCGCGCAGCACAGGACAAGGGACCCCCCAGGAAGAGGACCUAUGAGAGACCCUUCAAAGCAGCAGAACCUAGAGAGGGGGGGCUACUGCAACUACUGGGGGAUGUCACCCCCCCAAAACACCAGCCCAAGCCCUCUAUCCUACACACCACACCACUGCCCCCCCACACACUCACAUACCAACCCCAACAGCAACACACACAGCCACCAAAGUUCACACACCAACAUAUACACAGUCCAUCCUGGGCCACGCCUCCCUCCGCACCUCCAGCCAAUCCAGUGCAUGCGGAGCCUAGCAGAGAACCAGCGGGAGCCAAUAGGAGCCCUCUCUCUGACCUGGCCCCUUCCUUCCUCAAACCUCCAAUGAAGAGAGUACCAGGAAGCCCCUCCCCUCGCUCUUACAGCCCAUCCCCCCAUCGACACCUGAGCCCUGAUCCCGUGUUGCCCGUAGUAACGGACGCUAGCAUUCUAAACCUGACCUCUCUCUCCAGAGGGCGGGGCUUACAGGAGGUCAGUGAGCAGCUGUUUGGAAACAUCAAGAGGAAGUACGGCAGGAAGGACCCCCAGAGGACUCAGGCCCCCUCUGCCUUCCCCAUCACCCCCUCCAGCCCGCUGUACACCAACACAGAUAGUCUAACUGUCCACACCCCCGCCAAGCGCAAACGAGGUCGUCCCAAAAAACAACCCCUGCUCACUGUGGAAACCAUCCAUGAAGGCACUUCCACCUCCCCCCUGAGCCCUCUGGCCCGGGAGAACCCAGCGGGGCUCAGCCGCAGGAGGAAGACUCACACGCUAACCACGCUAGCCCAAAUCACAUCGGGUUCCAUUAGCCCCAAUGCUAAUGGGUUGAAACUGCAGCGCAGUGAGGGUGGCCAUGUCAGGUCGGUGAAGAAGCUGAAGCUGGGGAAGGUGCAGAGUAUCCUGAAUGAGAUCCUAUCAGGCUCCGGCCAACAUGGCAGCCUGGCACUGAAGUCAGCCUCAGCUCCUGUCUCUUCCACCAUGACGGCCAUGGCCUCUACCAUUGAGGCGCAUCUGGGGAAGCAAAUCAAUGUCAGUAAGAGAGGAACCAUCUAUAUCGGGAAAAAGAGAGGGAGGAAGCCACGCUCCGACACCCAAAACCUUCCCCACAGAGGCGGGGCCAAGCCUCCUUUGCCUGUCCCCAUUUCCAGCCUGUACAACAGCCUCCUAGUGCCUUCCACCCUCCCUCCCAGCUCAACUACCCUCCUCCUCAGACCCAGUCACACCCUGUCCUCUCUGUGCCUCCCUGGCCCUCGCGGCCCCUACUCUGACUCCACCAUGCCCAGCCUGCAGCCCAUCAGUGCCCUGCCCUCUAAACCCCUAGGCAGGGGGCUACUGGGAGCCGGCUGGAAGCUGUCUCCCCCACUCCUCCUGGCCAACUCCCCGUCCCACCUAUCUGAGGGGGCAGCAUCGGUCAAGGAGGUGACGCUGUCACCCAUCAGCGAAUCACACAGCGAGGAGACCAUUCCCAGCGACAGCGGCAUAGGGACAGACAACAACAGCACCUCUGACCAAACAGAGAAGGGAACCAACGCACGACGCAGAUACUCAUUUGACCUGUCUGGGUUUGAGGCUGCGGAGGCUGCAGCUCUGGAGGCCUCCAGUCGCGGCAGUAGGGGUCGCUGCGUGCGGCAGGCGGCAGUGGUGGACAACUUCCUGUCCCAGCAAGAGAAGAAGCAGAAACACCGCAGGAAGAGGAAGUGCCUGCAGAGCCGCGACCACCUGCACUUCCUGUCUGAGCUAGAAGAGGUUGUGGUGAAGCUGCAGCAGCUACAUGUGUCUCACCGACGCUACGCCUCCUGCUACCCCCAGCACCCCUACCCCUCCAUCUUCCGCCUCAACUUCCACCACCACUACUACCCCCUGACCUACGACCCCUACCCCUGUGACCCCGCCCCUUACUUGCGCAGGACCGCCGAGCUCAAGGCCAAGAGGAGGCGCGGCCGGCCCGCCAAAGCCAGUGAGCCAAUCACAUCCAAGCUGCCUUUUGUCCAGGGGUUUGGAUAUCCGCUGGCAGGGGGGAACUACUAUGCACCGUAUGCCAUGCCUUACGCCCCGCCUCUGAGCCUGGGCUACUACCCCCCAGCACCCCCCCUCUACUUGCCCCACCAUUCCCAUAGCCCUUCACCACCCUCCCACUUCAUGAGGCCUGGUCCCCCUCCUAAGUUCCACUCUGGAGGCCACUCCAAGCUCCAGGCCGGGGCCAAGCUACGGACGUCUAGCGGCCCACUGCAGGCUUCCUCUGGUCGGGGAGAAGGACUGGGAUCCCUGGGUGGUGAUGGUGGAGGGGUGAGGCUCCACAAGAGGAAACACAAGCACAAACACAAGCACAAGGAAGAGACCCCUCUCCUCUCACCUCAUGACAGACAGGAGCUGGGCGGGCUCUUCAGCGGUGCCAAGACCAAUGGGCUGCUCAACCUGUUGACUGACAGGCGGGAGAUGAACAAUCCGAAGCAUCAGGAGCAGCAAAGGGGGGGUGGGCGAGGCUCUAGAGGGGGGUCCCGAGGAGCGAUGUUUGAGUCGGACCCUCUCUCUUCUCUCUCCAUGGACCAUGUCCAGUUCCGCCCACGCAUGCCCGGACAGCCAAUGAGCAGCUUCCUGAGCAGCUACAGAAGCCAAUCACAGUGGCCAGAGCUGACCUCUGACCUUUUUAGAUUGCGGGAGGAGGGCAGUGGGCGUGGCAGAAGAAGGGGCUUAGCAGUGUUCGGAGAGGAAGGGGUGAUGUCAUUCCACAAUGCCAGGAAAGAGAAGAGCCAAGAAACAGAAGAGCCGUUCCACAAUGCCAGCCCCACUCUAACAGGUAAGAGGAGGUAUAAGCGUCAUGAGGUGGAACAGAUCCACGGUGAGGUCAGGAGGAUGUGUUCUCUCAACAACGUGCUCAAUAGUCAGAGGAGUUUUGAGCACGUGCAGAAGAUCCUGCGUGUGAAGCGUCUCCAGCGCCAGGCCAAGACUGGCAACAACGUCGUCAAGAGGCGACCUGGUCGCCCCCGGAAACACCCUAUUGAUGAAUCUGAACCCACCAGUUAUGGGAGGGACGAAGGGAGGGGCUUCGGGAUGCCGGUGUUGGAGAGGUGUGUGGACCUACCGGGUAGGCGGAGCUUAAGACCAAGUCCCAUCCCCCAGCCUCUGGAGUUUUCCAAUCACGACUCUAUCUCAGUGGCCAUUGAGACGGUGGUGCACCGAGCACGCUCUCUGGCGCCCCCACCGGCCAGAGGAAGGAAACGUAGGGGGAGGUGCAGGAGAGAGGAGGGAGGGGAUAUGGCCUUCCACUAGCCAAUCAGACAGCAUCACAGUUGCAGAUAGAUAGAUUAACUCUGGCCUAUCAGAGAGCUGGUGAGAGGAGCCAACACUGGCCAAAUGCUGCAUUCAAAACCAAGUGGGAAGGUAGUAUUUACCACAUACGACUGGAAAAAUCCACAGGAACGCCUCUCCAACUGGUAAUUACUAGUGGGAAACGCAACUAUCGUUGCACCUAAUAAGGAAUUUACCUCGAUAACACCAUUUUCAGCAAAUAAAUGCAACAACAAAACAUUAUUUUUAAAAAGCUAUGGUUUUUUAACACCAUAAUUUGUUUACAAGCAUGAUAGCGGUACUUUUAGUUUAUGGUUAACGAAGCUUGUUGGCCAUUAGCCAAUCAGCGUUUCUCAACGAGUUCAAAGCAUGUGAAUGCAUCCAACUGGUAAUUACCCCUUUACAACUGGGUAAUUACCAUCUACCCACUUGGUGAUGAACACAGCAAUAGCAGCCAAACAGACAGCAAUGCUGGGACCACCUCUGUGCACUUUGACCUAAUGGCUUGUCUGUUUUUCUUCUAUGAUUGGAUAUAAGGAGAGUGACUGCAGUAGGUCUCGAUGAAGGAACAUUAGGAGAGGAGUAGUGUUUAACUCUGAACGAGUUAAGAGGGGAGGAGUGUUGCACUCUGAAUGAGAGUGCCACUGAGGACGAACAGUGACUCUUAUCAUACAUGUAUGUGAUACAAUGAUGCGUACCGUCCUAUAAUAUGAUACUGUAUGGUACUUUAUGCUACAAUAUCUGAUACUAUACGGCACUCUUUGAUAAGAUGCUGUAUGAUACUAUGGUACUAUACAGUAUGAGAUACUAUGGUACUUUAUAAUACUCUUUAUCUGAAUGUGGCAUUAGCCAUGUCUCUACCAGCAGACUGGGGGUGGUGAUUGGAUAAUAUGAUACUGUGCAGCUCUGAUCAUUUUUUUUGCCUUCUCUAAUGAAGCUAGUUAAUGACCACCUACCUUACCCCACUCACCCUUCUAUCCCUCACCUCUCAUACCCACAGGAUCUAAGACCAGUAACUCACCCUACCCACUAGCCCUUCUACACCCUCUCCACUCCCCCUGCCCUGUCCUGGGCAUGGAUACUUUAAAGGCAAUAUGUUGGACUGAGCUUCCCUGGCUGUAGGUCUCUACAGCUGUGGUCUAACUGUACAUAGGAGCAUACUCCACUUUCACCCGCUUUUUACCACGGGGAAAACAGCCUAUCUACAUGUACUGGCUUAUAUCAAAUAGAAGUGUUGUACAAUAGACCAUAAACGUCGGGAUUGUUGUUUUAUUACCAAAAAUAGACCUGGAUGGGACUCAAGACCUGUUUGUUUUCAGACUGAAGGAACCACAUGUAUUCAUUCAUUUAUUUUGUGUAUGAGAAGGCCAUCACACACAUGGGAAUAUCAGGCGUGUUUGACGAAACCUUGGUUUUAAUGCACUAUAUAAACAUACGCUUACAUUUCAUCAAAAGUCAGCACUUACAUGCUUGUUCUAGCCUUACGUUUUGGCCUUGACUUCAAUGGUGAAUAUCCAUUCGGAAACAUGUGCAUUAAUUUAAUCAAUUUGAAUAUGCAGGACGCUCAGCCAAUGGUGUCAAACCUAAGCCCAAGUCUGAGAUUUGAUUGGACAGUGAAGCUGGAGGAGGGUUAAUGAUCAGUGUUUUGUAGUGAGUGUGUGGUACUCUAAAGAUUCUGUCUGAGUAGUGGUUGAAAAAUAACAUAACACAAAAUGUAAAGAUUGGAAUAGGAAAACCAAAGUCUCAGAGAUAUGUGUGUUUCACAGACUUGUCAGGUGUGGGGUUGUCAGCAUUCUCAAUCUGCAGUUAAACACACCAGCUAGCUAUCAUGUCUUCAGUAUUUCAGAAAAUACCAGUGGGUCAGUAUUUCAUUGGGGACCUGUAAAUGUAAUGUAAACUUGGGAAGCCUCUCCUCUCUCUGUGAGGGUCUUGUCAGCUCCAGCAGUUCUGCACGUGCCUUAUGUUUGUUUCUUAAACCAUCACAUCUCAUUUUGGGGGAAUUCAAAAUGGUGGAGAAGUUACUGCGAUUGAAACCACGUACUUAUGAUUGUGCAUUUACGACACGUGUGUCUUAGCAACCACAACGCGGGCACUACCUGUGUCCCUUUGCAGCCAUACGUACAACAGGCCUGAUUCCAUUUCAGUUGCAAGCCCCUUGUGCUCACCCUGGCUCUUUGGAGUGAACAGAUGUGAAAAGGCUCGGUUAAGCACUAUGGGAACGAAAAAUGGAUCCAUCACGUACACUAUUACACACAUCCAGUCCUUUCAUAUCUGAGCGCUUUGAGCAACGGUGGUGGUAAGAGCCAGGGAAAGGGGCCCUGAACUUAAAUGGAACCAGGCCCCAGGCGGUGGACAGGCUGUGCCAGGGGAGUUGUAUUGGGAACCAUGCUGUCUUACGUAGUUGUUUGCUAUGCAUCAGGUCUGGCCUGGGCUGUCUGAGGGAAUCCACCCUUCCACAAAGACAAAUAAGUGUCUUAUUUACCCAAUAAAACAUGAAGUCAUUUAACCAGAAGUGUGAAUAGUAACAGUAAUAAUUUGUAAAGCGUUGUGCAGAAAGUGACUAUCAUUUCAUGUCAACUUUAGUGACUGCAGCUUCCUGCAGUGCUGCCUUAAUCAGAAGUCAAGCUCCAGUACUGAAGUGUUUGUCUGUUGUAAAUAGUGUCUGUUCUGUUGUGUUCUGUUGUGUUCUGCCUGCAUGGAUACAAACUGGGCUCAGUUACGUACGCUGGUAUAGCCUAAACCUAAACCUAUCGUAGACCACAGACCUAUCUUAGACCACAUUUGACAUUAGAGCCAGCAAGACCCCAUAAGUCUGUCCCUAUCCAUCCAUCAAUUAGAAUGUUUGUUAAACAAUCAUCGCAAGCUUGAGAUCCCAGGGCCUGUGCCAGCCUAUGAUAGUGUCUCUCAUUGCACUUCAGCUAAGACCAAGAACCCUCAUUGGCUAGCAGCUAUACUCCCCUGAGCCAAUGGGUGCCUAGUGCAGCAGUGUGUGCGUGUGUGUGGGACUUGCUCAGAGGGCAUUACCAAAAAUACACCUGUCCUUGUCAGUGUGUGUGUCAGCUCACACACUGCGCAGAGAAUGAGCCUGAACUGGAUCUCAUAACCAAAUUACACCUUUCACAGGAGGCCUGGAUCUCUCUAAACCUUUCUAGGGUCUAAGUGUGGUCUAGAUGUAGUCUAGGAUUGGUCUAAGGAAUCUAGAUGUAGUCUAGGAUUGGUCUAAGGAAUCUAGAUGUAGUCUAGGAUUGGUCUAAGGAAUCUAGAUGUAGUCUAGGAUUGGUCUAAGGAAUCUAGAUGUAGUCUAGGUUUGGUCUAAGGAAUCUAGAUGCAGUCUAGGAUUGGUCUAAUGAAUCUAGAUGAAGUCUAGGAUUGGUCUAAUGAAUCUAGAUGAAGUCUAGGAUUGGUCUAAAGAAUCUAGAUGUAGUCUAGGAUUGGUCUAAUGAAUCUAGAUGUAGUCUAGGAUUGGUCUAAAGAAUCUAGAUGUAUUCUAGGAUUGGUCUAAUGAAUCUAGAUGUAGUCUAGGAUUGGUCUAAUGAAUCUAGAUGUGGUUUAAGGGGUCUAUAGGCUUGGCAGCUCAAUAUUCCAUGGUCGGUCUCUGAUGUUUGAGUUAAAGCCACUAGGAUCUGUCUGUUUCUCUCUCUCUACCAGCCGAUGUUCCGGUGCCUUCUACAGCUGACUAGUAUUGUCCCGAUCCUCUGCUUUAACGCUACACAAGACCCAUCGCGUGGUCCAGUACAGUCCCGUACGGUCAAGUUGGGUUUUGCGGUCUUUUGUUAUGUACUGGAUUCUGUAUUCACUCUGGUCCAACUGUAUGACUGGUAUGACUCCAGGUAGAAGUUUACCCAACCCUAAAUCCUAAUCUUCAUCAUCAGGGGGACGAAGGAACAUCUGGUCCUGGAUCAGUGGUUAGGGAAGACCUGUGCCUCUACACUGAGACCAGUCUGACCAGUCCAGGACAGCCACUGGAGCUGAAUCAUACUGCAUGCGCCUCAAAUCACAGCCUACAUAGUGUACUACUACAGAACCUGUUUAAACGCAGUGCGCUGGUAUGGAGUCAUUUGAGAAGCAGCCACAGUCUCUACUAAUACGUGUAGUCAUUAACAUAUAUGUUAUGUUUCCAAGCUUUAAUGUUGUUCAACGCUGAACACGCAGAUGAAGCGUCGAUGAGGAAACCAAUAAAUGUACUUUGCAAGAGCACAAAGCUCUUAACUGUGUUGGCAUAUUUGAGUUUGAAUACAUAGUGUAUUUGAACCUUUUUACUAGAGUGGGUUUUCCUUUAUUAGCAUGCUCCACUUGAUUGUAUUCAUUACGAUUUGAGACGGGCGGAGAAGUUGACUUUCAGUUGCAUUUGGAGCAAGACUUGUACAUUGUUUGAUAUGUUUGUUUUUGUAAUGGAUUUUUAAUUCAUAAAGCAUUUUUGUACAUUGUAUGAAUAUUAAAAAUGGCAAAUAUUUGACAUGUAGACAUCAGUAAAUACUUAGAUGCUCAUGCAUAUGCAUAUAUCCUUAGUAUGUAUGUGUAAAUGUACACAUAUUUUGUAUUUGCCUUCACUCAUAUACAGAUAUAUGUCAUAUGCACAUAUACAUGCAAUAUACUGUAUAUGUAUAGCCAUGUCUGCUGGCAUGCUUCUGGUCAUGUUUACUUAACAUGAUCUUGUCGUCUUUAUUUUAAUUUCUUUUCUCUUUUCUCUGAGGAAAAGCUUGUUCUUUUGCUACCGUUUUCCUGGCUGGCCGCAUUGGGCACUUAUUAAGAUGAAAUUGAACUUGUUCAUGUUAUUCAUUGUGUGAAAUAAUAAAUGAGUUUAUUGAAAGCUGA